AUGGCUCCGAAUGUGAUUGUUAAUUUACCUAUACGUAUUACUGUUAUCAUAGAAGGUCUACUUGGUACAAUAUUCAAUAGUGCAGCGAUAAUUAUUGUUUUCAAAACUCAAUUCGGCUCUAAAUUAACUACAUGUAUGUUGAGAGCUCAACCAAUAUUUGAUUUUUGUGCAUGUUUUUUUACAGCUAUCUAUUAUAUAAUUCAAUGUACUGACCGUUAUAACGAACUGACAGGAUUAUACAUAAUUGAUUUAGUAAUAUGUCAUACAUGGUUUAGAAAUGCCUACUUUUGGUUAUCAUGUACAUUUAGUGUACAAAAUUUAGUUUGCAUAUCAGUGGAUCGAGUGAGCUCUGUUAUAUUUCCUAGAUUAUAUAAAACACAUUCAUGUCAAUUUACGGUUACAUAUUUCGCUUAUAUGAUUUUAAUGUCAUUAUUUCUAUAUAUGCCGGCACCGAUACUUCGUCGUUAUAUGAGUGAUCAUUGUGAAAUGGAUUUUACAUUCACUUGGGUUGAAACAAGUUUAUUUCUUGAUAUUAUGGUAUAUUCAUGGAUUACGUUCGCUUAUUUUAUACCAGUUCUAGUGAUGUUAAUCAGUCAUAUAUGGGUAAUACAUAUUAUUAGAAAAUUUCAUUCAUCUCGCCAUACUUGUAUAUCUCGUAAAAAUGAAUCAACUUCACAUAUUAGGCGUAAAAUAAGUCAGUUAGUUAUAACGACAGCAAUUUUAUCAGGUCAACUCGCAUUACUGCAUUCAUAUGAGUCUAUACGUCAAAUAUUAAUUGCAAAUAAAAUUAUGGUUUAUAACUAUCAAUCAAUAACUGGACAUUUAGGUCCUAUAUUAAUAUUAUUAGGUUGUGUUUUAAAUCCAUGUGUACUUAUACUUACUACAGCUACCAUAAGAAGACGUUUGUCGAUAUCAAUAAGAGUUUUUACAGAAAAGAUGAGUAUUACUGGAAAAAAGGAUAGAUCUUCAAGUUGAUCAAUUCACUAAAUAUCGAUUUAUCACUAUGUUUAAGAUCGGUUACAAUUAAUGUCAUAGAUUAUAAUAGCAACAAGACAAAUAUUUGGUACAAUAAAUGAUACUGAUCUGUACAAUGACUAUCAUUAUUAACAACGAUAAAACCAUAUGCUAUUUUAUUCGUCAAAUAUAUCUUCUUCUAUUAAUACCCAUUCAUUAAUUUAACUCAAUACUGAAGUAUACUGAAAUUUUGAGAUUUCUGACUAUGAAUUUGUACCAAUUCCUAACCAAGUUACAUAGAUA